AUGGCACAGAGACCUUCGUAUAAUGCAAUUGAGGACUAUGGCUUGAUCGGGGACAUGCACACAUGUGCCCUGAUCAGCAAGGCCGGUAGUCUGGAUUAUAUGUGUUGGCCGGUCUUUGAUUCCCCCACAGUGUUCUGUCGUCUGCUGGACGAGAAGAAGGGCGGCUUCUGGUCCGUGGAGCCCUCCAAGUCAAUGAUUGAUCCGCAUAACAAGCAGCGGUAUCUUCCAUACUCGAAUCUGCUCGAAACCCGCUGGACCAAUGAAGACGGUGUCGUGACCCUGCUGGACUACUUCCCGGUGACGCCCAAGAAACUGCCUCAGUCGGGCCGACUGCUCUCGGGUUACUGUCCGUGCAAUGAGUCCAACGCCAACCGCUUCAAGUCUGGUCUGCAGCACUCUGGUCUGAUCAGAAAAAUUGAGUGUAGCCGAGGCACGAUGGAAUUACAGGUGGAAUUGUUCCCGGCCUUUAACUACGCACGGGAUACGCAUACCGCUCGUGGAAAACUGGAAAAUGACCUGGCCGGCCACCGGUUACAGACUGUCCAUUUUGAGAGUGAGUCCGAGCGGCUGCAGCUCGACAUCUUUGCCGAUUCGCGGGAGGCCGACAAGUUGGGCCUCCCCAAGGCUACUCUGAGCCUGGAGGAACGAGAGGGUGCAAAGGGCCGUGGACUGGUGGCGUUGAUUCGCCUGUCCGAGGGACAAACCGUGCAUUUUGUGCUGCAUAGUCCCGAGAAGGCGGUACCUGGCUCGACUCUGAUAGCAGCAUAUCUGGCAAAGAUGGAGGAAGACACAUCCGACUACUGGACUGACUGGACUCGCAAGUGUGAGUUCCGUGGGCACUAUCGCGAGACGGUCGAACGCAGCCUUUUGAUCUUAAAGCUACUCACUUACAAACCCACGGGAGCCAUCAUUGCAGCGCCCACCUUUUCACUUCCUGAAAAUGUGGGCGGUUCCCGUAACUGGGACUAUCGAUACUCCUGGGUGCGCGACACAGCGUUUACGCUGUACGUCUUCUUGAAAAUGGGAUACAGCCGCGAGGCAGAAGACUACGUGAAUUUCAUCUUUGAACGGAUCUUCCCGCAUGCCGCACAAGACAUCGAGCCGGGAAGCAAGCGACCCUUCUUGCCGCUGAUGUUCACUAUCCGUGGCGAGUACGACAUUCCCGAGUUGGAGCUGGACCACCUUGACGGUUACAAGGGUAGCAAGCCCGUCCGCGUAGGUAACGCAGCUGUCUUCCACACGCAACUCGAUAUCUAUGGCGAACUCUUGGACAGCAUCUACCUCUACAACAAGCACGGAAAUCCAAUCACCUACGAUCAAUGGGGCUCAAUCCGCCGCAUGGUGAACUAUGUUAUUGGUGUAAGACACCAAAAGGACAUGUCCAUUUGGGAGUCUAGAGGCCAAAUCCAAAACUUCAUCUAUUCCAAGGUCAUGAUGUGGGUAGCCCUGGACCGUGGAAUCCGCUUGGCAGAAAAGCGAGCCAGUUUGCCCUGCCCGGACCGAUUCCAGUGGAUUCAAGUGCGGGAUGAAUUGUACGACGAGAUCAUGGAUAGAGGAUACAAUGCCGAACGUGGCCAUUUCUGUCAGAGCUACGAGAGUCGUGAGGUUCUUGAUGCGUCGAUUCUCAUUGCGCCGUUGGUGUUCUUUGUGGCACCUAAUGAUCCGCGAUUCAUCAGUACCCUUAAGCGCAUUCUGCAAGGCCCUGAGAAAGAAGGUCUUUCCAGCGCUAAACUGGUAUUCCGAUAUGACCACCUCAAAGCAAACGAUGGCGUCGGCGGAAGCGAGGGUGCCUUUAUCAUGGUAACAUUCUGGCUCGUCGAAGCAAUGGCUCGUGCCGCUAAAUACGACGUCACCAUUCCAAAUCUCUGGAAACUCGCCCUCUCGCACUUUGACAAUAUCUUGUCUUAUUCGAACCAUCUGGGCAUGUUCUCUGAAGAAGUGGCGAUUUCGGGUGAACAGAUGGGUAAUACGCCCCAGGCAUUUAGUCAUCUUGCUUGUAUUAGUGCUGCGAUGAAUUUGGAGAGAUUGGGUCGUGAGGAGUAA